AGAGAGAGAGAGAGAGAGAGAGAGAGAGAGUGAGAGAGAGAGCAGGGAGAGCGCGAGUCUCCCUCGCAAGGACAGCGUAGCGGAAGUUCGUUUCUACCACCGCCGGAGAGCAGAGUGGAAUCGAUAUGUUGAAGAUCACUCUAACGACGUUCAUCAUGACGCUGGCUGUGGCGCGUUCGGAGCCACCGGUCAACUCUUACCUACCUCCGAGGACAGGUGUUAACGGCGGUCAAACCGACCUGUCGACGCAGUACGGGCCGCCAGGUUUCGGUAACGGGGGUGGUGUUAAUAGAAACGCCGGCGCAACAAGUAUCAACGGGCCCGGCGGUAACGCAGGUAAUGGUCCGUCGAAACUUUACGACGCGCCCGUCGGCGGAAACAACGCUGGGAAUAGCCUAGACGGGUCUCGAGGAAACGGAUUUGGGGGUGGCCCACCUUCUAGCUCGUACGGUGUCCCCAAUGGCGCUGGAAGACCAUCUGGCUCUUACGGCGUGCCUGGAACAAACGGAGGUAACGGGGGUAGUUUUGGAAACGGUGGAAACGGAGGGAGACCGUCGACGGGCUACGGCGUUCCUGGAGCGAACGGAGGCAACGGGGGUGGUUUUGGGAACGGUGGAAACGGAGGGAGACCGUCGACGGGCUACGGCGUUCCUGGAGCGAACGGAGGCAACGGGGGUGGUUUUGGGAACGGUGGAAACGGAGGGAGACCGUCGACGGGCUACGGCGUUCCUGGAGCGAACGGAGGCAACGGGGGUAGUUUUGGAAACGGCGGAAACGGAGGGAGACCGUCGACGGGCUACGGCGUUCCUGGAGCGAACGGAGCCAACGGGGGUGGUUUUGGAAACGGCGGAAACGGAGGGAGACCGUCGACGGGCUACGGCGUUCCUGGAGCGAACGGAGCCAACGGGGGUGGUUUUGGAAACGGCGGAAACGGAGGGAGACCGUCGACGGGCUACGGCGUUCCUGGAGCGAACGGACAUAAUUUUGGAAAUGGGAACGGCAAAAGUCGCCCUAAUGGCGGAAGUAACGGCGGAGGAGCGUCGAACGGCUACGGAUCACCACGAGGCGGAAAUGGACACGGGGCAGGCGGAAUAAACGGAUUCGGCGGAGGAGGAUUAUCUAGCGGUUACGGUGCACCGAACGGAGGUGGAAACGGUAACAAUAACGGCUAUUCACCUGGUGGUGCAAACGGUAACGGCGGGGCUAACGGAUAUCCGUCUGGAGGUCCGAACGGAAACGCGGGCAAUUUCGGAAACGGUGGUGGCGGCGGUUCCAGAAACGGCGCAGGCAGUGGUUACAACGAGAACGCGCAGGAAGAAAGCACUGAGCCGGCAAAGUACGAAUUUUCGUACGAGGUGAAGGACGAGCAGUCCGGCAGUGAUUACGGCCACACGGAAACCAGAGACGGCGAUCGUGCCCAGGGCGAGUUCAACGUCUUGCUUCCGGAUGGUAGGAAGCAGAUUGUCGAGUACGAAGCUGAUCAGGAUGGAUUUAAACCGCAAAUUAGAUACGAGGGCGAAGCGAGUACCGGCGGAUACGGCGGUGGCGGCGGGUCGAAUGGUAACGACGGUUAUUCUUCUGGUCGACCGGAUAACGGCGGUGGCUUCGCGGAUAACUCAGGAUUUAAUGGAGGCAGUGGCAGCGGUAAUGGCGGCUAUCCAAACGGUGGUCCAGCUGAGGGAAAGCCCGGCGGAUUUAACGGCAGAGGCGGCAACGGUUAUCAAUCGGGCAGGCCAGGAGGACAAUCCUUUGGCCGAGGCAAUGAUGGUGGCUUGAGCGGCGGUGGAUACUUCUCCGACGCUCCUAGCAAUAAUAUCGGCGAAACGUUUAAAGGAGGCAGCGACAACGCUGGAAAUAACAGACAAAACGGCGGUAAUGGUGGAUAUCAAUAUUAAGUAGCACAUAGUUGGAUAGAGUUAGGUAUUCUCACUUCGGGUGAUUUUGCGAAAGAGAAUGAGAAACGCGACCGAAGGAAUUCGCUCGUUGUACGCUUAUCUGCACAUUUAGCUGAAUACUAAUAUGUAAAGUCGGACAGCGGACGGCGGAAAUAUUUUCCUCGCGACGACUCGCGAGACAUUCCGUCGUCGGCGCACGAAAAAGUGCACGAGUUCACCGCGGAGAGGUAGCGCGUUUUAGAUUUUCUUUCUGAUUAUUAUUAAAACUAUAUUUAUUACUAGCAUACUCAUAUCGUACUGUGUUCAUAGGGCAUGACUUAUUUAAACGUACGUAGCAAGCUUCA